UUUCAUUCUUCCAGAUUCAUUCUCGAAUACAGUGCUUGGAGUUUAGGGAGCAAAAUGACCACAGAUACUCAUCCCAUAGUCAAUAAAGCUUCCGUGCUGCGCCCUGGCGGCUCCUUUUACUAUGAAGAUAGAGAGAGACCUUCAUUAGAAUCUGAUCGACAUGUGAUUGUGCGAGUUGUCGCUACCGGUCUCUGUGGCUCCGAUGUCCACUACUGGCAACACGGUCGCAUCGGUCGUUAUGUUGUUGAAAACCCCAUAAUUCUCGGCCACGAGUCUUCAGGCAUAGUCGUAGCCUGUGGCGUCGAAGCAUCCGGCAUUGAAGUUGGCGACCGCGUCGCGAUUGAGCCCGGAGUCGCCUGCAAUACCUGCAACCCAUGUCGCAGUGGUCGGUAUAACCUGUGCAAGGACAUGCGUUUUGCCGCAACUCCCCCAUAUGAUGGAACGCUGUGCACAUACUACAGCGUGCCGGUUGAAUGCUGCUACAAGUUGCCGGCACACAUCUCGCUACGUGAUGGCGCGCUGGUCGAACCGCUGGGGGUCGCAGUACACGGAUGUCGACUGGCGGGCGAUCUGCAGGAUAAGUCGGUCAUUGUGUUCGGUGCGGGGCCGGUCGGACUGCUUUGUUGCGCUGUUGCGAGCGCGUUCGGUGCGUCGACGGUGGUCGCCGUGGAUAUCGUGGCUGCUCGACUCGAGUCGGCAAGGAAGUACGGAGCUACACAUACCUACCAGAUGAGCACGGAGAAGUCCCCCGAGUUAAACGCCGAUGCCCUCGCGGCUACAGCGGGACUAAUCGAUGGUGCUAAUGUUGUCCUCGAUGCUUCGGGUGCCGAGCCCUGUAUCAACAGUGGUAUUCAUGCGCUGGCGCAUGGUGGAACCUUCGUGCAAGUCGGACUUGGUAGACCGAACCUAUCAUUACCCGUUGGGCAAAUCUGUGACAAAGAGGCUGUGUUCAAGGGUAGCUUCCGGUACGGACCGGGGGAUUUCAAGCUGGCCAUCGGCUUACUGAACUCGCGGCGAGUGCAGGUCGAUGGGUUGGUCACUCAUGAAUUCUCUUUCUCGCAGGUCGAGGAGGCGUUCAAGCAUGUCGCUGGUAAGGGGGGUAUCAAGAGUGUGAUUUACGGACCGGACAUUGAUGUCGAGGCUGCAAAGCAAACUUCAGUAUAGCACCUAUCCGUUGGCUUGGAUGAUAUACAGUGGAGAUAGGAUCUAUAGAGCUGUACAUUACAGAAUAUAAAAUCAAAAGAAUUCCUCAUGCCUUAACCGCCCAUCCCAUCCCAUGUCAUAUCCCAUAACCAAUACAUCCCACUUUCACCAUUGCCUAGAUAAGGGUCUUCCACCCCCAUUGGGACAGCACCAGCACCAUCCCAACCAUAGUCCAUCGGGACCUGUAAGGGGAAUUGUGACUCGGUAUUUUCAUUGGGCGCCUGAUGAGUCUGAUGACUUUCACCGGGGUUAAUAUUGACGGAGCGGUCAUUCCCAGGUGGUAGAA